UCCUGAUUGAGUAAGUGAAUUAGAGGCCACGUGCCUCUAUUCCUCUUUCACUCUGCCUUACUGGCAGUCACUCUGACACAUCAGGGCAAACAGCUUGGUUCUGACAAACUGCUGCUUCAGUCAAGAUGUCCCUGUGCUGUUGGCUCAUUCUAGUGGCUUUCGUCCCUAUGACCUCAGGCACCAAUCCUGGAGUAAAGGUCAAGCUAACAGAAAAAGGCCUUGAAUAUGGCAGACAACUGGGCAUGGCUUCAAUCCAGAAGAAACUCAAGACCAUCAAAGUCCCAGAUAUUUCAGGGACACAGAAAGUGUCUCCCAUUGGCAAAGUCGAGUAUAAACUGUCAAAUAUGCAAAUAGUGAAUGUGGGAUUACCGAAGUCUGCAGUUGCUCUUGUGCCAGGGACCGGCGUCAGACUGUCUAUUGGUAACGCCUACAUCAGUCUGCAUGGAAACUGGAGGGUCAAAUAUCUCAGAAUAAUAAAGGACAGUGGCUCAUUUGAUUUAAAUGUGAAUGGGCUCACCAUCAGUACAAGUAUCGCCAUCAAGAGUGAUGAGACAGGCCGACCAGCAGUCAGCAGUGUCAACUGUGCGGCCACUGUCGGCAGUGCGAGCAUCAAAUUCCACGGUGGAGCCAGCUGGCUGUACAAUCUCUUCAAAAGCUUCAUUGACAAGGCUUUGCGAAACGCACUUCAGAAACAGAUCUGCCCUCUGGUGGCUGAUGCAGUAUCUGAUAUGAACCCUCAUUUGAAAACACUCAAUGUUGUAGCCCAGGUGGACAAGUAUGCAGAGAUCGAAUAUUCCAUGGUGUCCUCGCCCACCGUUUCAAAGACUUCUAUAGACUUGGGCUUAAAGGGUGAAUUUUACAACAUUGGGAAGCAUCAGGAACCUCCGUUCUCCCCCGUAGCCUUUUCCCUGCCACCCCAGAUCAACAACAUGUUGUACAUCGGCAUGUCUGCCUUCUGCGCUGACACUGCAGCCUUCGUCUACAACACAGCUGGAGCCCUCAGCCUGUACAUCACUGAUGACAUGAUCCCACAGAGCUCUCCCAUUCGACUCAACACCAGGACGUUUGGAACCUUCAUCCCACAGAUCGCCAAGCGUUUCCCGGGUCUGAUGAUGAAACUGCUGGUGAAGACGGUGAAAACCCCCAUCAUCACUUUUGAACCCAACAAUGCAACCGUUCAGGCCACUGCCACAGUGACGGCCUACGCUAUCCAACCCAACACCACACUUACUCCUCUCUUUGUCCUAAACUCGGAUGCCAGUGUCAGCGCCAAACUGUUUGUCAGUGGAAUGAGGCUGGCUGGAGCUGUCACCCUCAACAAAAUGGAUCUGACCCUGAACACAACUUAUGUGGGAGAGUUUCAGGUCAGAUCCCUCGACAACGUCCUGCAAAUGGUCCUCAAAGUGGUAGUGAUACCCAGACUGAAUGUUCAACUUUCAAAGGGAUACCCACUUCCUACAAUUGGAAAGAUGAAGCUUGUGAACACUCAGCUUCAGGUCCUGAAGGACUACAUGCUGAUUGGGACAGAUGUUCAGUUUACAGGUUAAACUGCAUUCCUGAAAACUCCCAGGAAUCCUUUCUGCACUGGGGCCAUUAUGAGGGCACAAUCACAGCAAGAGUAUAACUGCCUGGCAAAGAUAUUGCUAAGAAAUUGGGUGAUGUACAUGUAUUUCUUCUCCUACAACUUUGAGAAAUGCCGAUGUCCAGUUUGCAUUUGGAUCUCAGCUCAGAUUUUUAUCAUUUUCCACGAGGGCUACUGCAGCCCUGUCAUAGCAGGAGAUAUUCUGCAGGACGGGGUUUGCUGUUGUCACCACAAUCAUCUUUUCUGAAAUAACACGCUCCUUCCAAAGCAGAUCACAGCACUUUCUGCUGCUGACUUUAGGCAAAUUCUUUCUCGAAGUUUCUGACUUUGUAGCUCACGGAGCGAGAGAUUGUACAAAUGUGCUGAUCCAUGAUGUUUUUUAGCCAG